GCGAGUCUAGAAGCCCUACCACCAGGCACGCCCUCCUACCUCACAGCAGCAGUGGGGCCCCCCACAGCCACCUCUGUGCGCCGCUUCUGCUCCGCGUGUGGCUCCCACGCGCCCUACACAUGCCCCCGCUGUGCCGCGCGAUUCUGCUGCAUCAGCUGCCAAAGACUGCACAAUGA